GAUUUUGAGAUUGAGAGCUUUCAAGAUGGCUGCCCCAGGUAAGAGUUUCAGCUCCACUCAAACCGGAUAAAACACUUCGUUUUCGGGGGUUUCAUCUUGCGACGAAACAACCACAGAAACGGCAAACUCUUAAUCUACCCGGACGAACUGCACGUUAUUCGCAUCCGCUCCGACUAAGUCAUGGAAAUAAGUUGACAAAGCCGACGCGGGUCGGUCCGCCACCACCGCAGUCAUUAGUCGCGUUAGCUCGCUAGCACUGGCGUGCAUCGCCGAGCUUGAGCUACCGCGGUUAGCCCGUUAGCGUUAGCCUCGCUUAGCUUAGCAUCCGAGGUUAUGCUACUGCGGUUUGCCAGUCAGCGUUAGCCUCGCUUAGCUUAGCAUUCGAUCUUAAGCUACUGUGGUUAGCCCACUAGCGUUAACUUAGUUUAGCUUAGCAUGGCUACGUGCUAAUCCCGGUCCCGUGCGGAGCGGGGUGGCGCGUCAGACGUCAGGAUCAGUCAACAUCGGGGCUUUAUGAAGGAGCGCUGCCUACCACGGUUGACUCUCGGGGAGACCGGGCGGCGGAGUGGGGAGACGACCGCAGUAGGGAGCGCUCCUUCCUAAAGCCUCCCAUCAUUACAUGUCAGAUCAGAACCCCCGAUGCUAAGCUACACUGUUAUCGUCGUUCUGAUUGAAGGCAGACUUAUUAAUUUGCUGUAGCUCUGUCCUCCCCUCCCUGAAGUGCUUUUGUGUGAGGGGCCUUUUUGAACUUUUUGAAUCACUUUUUAAUGACUUUUUAACCAUUGACAUCGUCUGUGUGUUUCACCCUGAAGUUCUGAGGUGUGUGUGAGUUUAAAUACAGCGUUUUAUUUGGUCCACUGUACGGGUCUAGACGCGAUGGUUUUGAUUGGAGUCAGAAAAUGUUUCAGUGUUUGUUUAAUGUGUUUUUAUUGGGAUGCUGCGGCAUCAUCAAGUGUCAAACGGCUGACCGCCUUCCUGUCAUUUUUUAAUGUACGGUAGAGAUGCACUGACAGCCGUGUUUUGCUGAUGUGUACCCUACCCAUGAGGUUUGGCUGACUUCAGCUCAAUCCGCUGCGACUAUCGAGUUGAACAUUGCUCGGUCAUACAUUGCACAUGGAUUAUACAUUUUCGACGUGUGGCGUAUCAUACAUGUGCAAAGAUGUUGAGCAUUUGUUUACAUUUCUACAUGUACCAUUACGGUAAAAAAAAGAGAGGCCGUAUAAAGAACUUGAGUUUAGUGCUUGUUAUUUAGUGCUUUGUUUGUUAGUUAGUUAGUUAUUAAAGUGAUAUGUUUGUGGUGUAUACUAUAACAAUGGCGGUUAGUAUAGUAAAUGUAGUGCUUGAUUGCAGUCACUAAAAGUGACUUUAACGAAAGUGCCGUAUUUUGAGAAGAAGGGAUGGGAGAAGUUAUGCAGGUGUACACACAACACCAAGUAGGCCUUUCUGUCAUAUCCAUUUCCAUUUAUUGCAUUUAGUAGGGGCUUUUAUCCACAGCGACUUACAAUAAAUACAUUUUUCAGAAGAAAGAGAAACACCAAUUUUUCAAUGUCUGUACAAUAAGGAUGUUCAUAGUUACAAUCGCUAGGUUAUUUAACCCAUUCCUCAUAUACAACAGCUAUCCAGGAUUAGACGCUGUCCACACGUGUUUGUCUAGGGCAGCCCUUUACAGUUGGGUUACAGUUCAGUCGUCACGCGUAACGGUAGCAUGUUGUUAGGUUCCAGGUGAAUCCUGCUCUCUCGAUCCCGGAUCCCAAGUGCAUGAAGCCCCCUGGAGGUUGACGAGUCACAGUGUCCCCCGCUCCACCCCGCCAAGCACCAUGUCCUCCACCUCCUCCUCGUGCUCCUCCUCGGGGGAAACCAGUCCAGAGGAUGCUCCGCGAGGUGGGGGCACCAUCAGGGUCUUCCUGCCCAACAAACAGAGGACUGUGGUCACCGUCCGGCCUGGUCAGACGGUGUACGACAGCCUGGACAAAGCCCUGAGGAUGAGGGGUCUGACGCAGGACUGCUGCGCUGUGUUCCGCCUCCUGGAAGGGCGGAAGAGGCUGACGGAGUGGGACACGGACAUCACUCCCCUGGUCGGAGAGGAGCUGCUGGUGGAGGUGCUUGACGACGUGCCCCUCACCAUGCACAACUUCGUCCGCAAGACCUUCUUCAAGUUGGCCUACUGUGACUUCUGCCACAAGUUCCUCUUCAACGGCUUCAGGUGCCAGACCUGUGGCUACAAGUUCCACCAGCACUGCAGCAGCAAGGUGCCCACGGUGUGCCUGGACAUGGACACCAUCACCAAGAGGAUGGACCUGCUGUCCCCCACCUCGGCCUUCCCCUUCCCCACGCCGGGGGUCGAGGGCCAGUCACUCCAGCGCCACCGCUCCACCUCCACGCCCAACGUCCAUAUUAUCAGCACCGUGGGCCCCGCCGGGGUCAGCAUCAUAGAGGGAGCACUGAAGUCCUUCAACACAUCAGGCCCGGAGCCCUCGCCGAAACCCUCAACGAGCCCCCCCUCGUCGCUGGGCUCUCCCGGCAGGAGGCCCCCCAAGUCCCCCUCGGAACACAAGGAGCGCAAGCCCUCCUCCUCCGACGGCCAGAAGAAAGUGCACCGCGGGGGGUACAGAGACUCCACCUACUACUGGGAGGUGCACUCCAGGGAGGUGACCAUGCUGAAGAGGAUCGGCUCCGGCUCCUUCGGGACCGUGUUCCGGGGCAAGUGGCACGGCGACGUGGCCGUCAAGAUCCUCAAGGUCACGGAGCCCACCCCAGAGCAGCUGCAGGCCUUCAAGAACGAGAUGCAGGUCCUCAGGAAGACCCGCCACGUCAACAUCCUGCUCUUCAUGGGCUACAUGACCAAGCCCAACUUCGCCAUCAUCACCCAGUGGUGCGAGGGCAGCAGCCUGUACCGCCACCUGCACGUCACCGACACCAAGUUCGGCACCAUGCGCCGCAUCGACGUGGCCCGGCAGACGGCGCAGGGCAUGGAUUAUCUCCACGCGAAGAAUAUAAUCCACCGAGACCUCAAAUCAAACAACAUCUUCAUCCACGAGGGCUGGACGGUGAAGAUAGGGGACUUCGGCCUGGCCACGGUCAAGUCUCGGUGGAGCGGGUCGAUGCAGGUGGAGCAGCCCAGCGGGUCGAUCCUCUGGAUGGCUCCUGAGGUGAUCCGCAUGCAGGACAGCAACCCGUACACGUUCCAGUCCGACGUCUACGGCUACGGCGUGGUUCUGUUUGAGCUGAUGUCUGGAACCCUGCCUUACUCCAACAUCAACAACCGAGACCAGAUAAUCUUCAUGGUGGGUCGGGGAUACCUGUCGCCCGACAUCAGCAAGCUGGGCGCCACCUCCCCCAAGUCCAUGAAGAGGCUCAUUAUCGACUGUCUGAAGUUCAAACGAGACGAGAGGCCCCUGUUCCCACAGAUCCUGGUGGCGAUGGAGCAGGUGCAGGACCUGCUGCCCAAGAUCGAGCGCAGCGCGUCGGAGCCUUCGCUGCACCGGGCGGUGCACGCGGAGGACCUCAACCCCGAGCUCUUCAACACCACCCGCUUCAUGCCGCUCUGAGUCCUCCCCGUCAGCACCGCCCCCUUCCUCCACCCGCCGAGGGCCGGAGCCCAUCCCUGCAGCGCUGCACAUGGUGAUUACCCUGUCCUCCUCCACCACCACCACCACCACCUCCGUCACGUCAACACCGCCCCCCCGCCCCGACCCCUGACUCGGCCCGCUCUGAAAGAGGGUGGUCGCUUCGAACUUCUCGUUUUGAGUAUUUUUUUUGUUUUGUUCGUUUUCUUUUUUUUCUCGCUCCGAUCGAGUCAGCGAUGCUCGCCGCCGCCGCCGCCGCCGGUUUCACGAGCGCCGACGCCGGCGCGGUCGCCGUACAUACACACUCCGCAGACCCCCCCUCCUCCUCCCCGCGCGGUCGGAGGAAUCGAACCGCGUUCCCGCCCAGCUCUGCACUCCACUGAGGGCUCAGCCCGCACACAUUCCAGUAACACCAGUACUGGUCCCCUUAAUACCAGUACUGGUCCACUUAAUACUAGUACUGGUCCACUCUCGCCCCCACCUUUUUUUAAAUUCCAUCUUCUCCAGAGCUUUCUGAACCGGGACCACCGGGACCAACUUGGGUUUCUCUCUUGAGAAAUGUCCUUUCAAAGUAAUGGUCCCUUGUUUGUAUUUAUUGUCCUGUCGCCACGACGCAACGCAGGUGACGCCCGUAGUUAGACGCCGUCUUGGUAACACGUUUAGUAGCUGCUAUUGGCCAGUGAGGACACAACCAAACCAGGAUGCCUUGGAACCGGACCGUCUGCCUCCAGGGCUAGAGUCGCUGCACUGCCGCGGGACCACACACAGACAUGCACACACACACUGUUGUACUGUACCUGCUGGGAAGUCUGGGGCGCGUUAGUGAGCAGUCUUUUGAACACUUUCAACGUUUAGGAACAACCCUUUUGGAUGCGUUCACAGAACAGGAGUAGAGGGAUUGGGUAAUGAGUGGGUUCAGCACAAAAUGGUCUUCAUCCUCUGCACAGUCAAAGUUAUUGCUUUUUAGUUUUUUAAGUUUUCAUUGAUUUUAUCAGGAAAGGGCCUUCUUCUCACCUGGAUGACCCUGAUAACUCAUCAUUAUAAGGAGCAGAUAUUGAACCUUUUUAAACGGUUGGUUUAAAAAUGUGCAAUAACGUUUUGGCUACCUCCUUUUGACCGCAGAUGAACAUUUUACACAGGCAGAGUAAUAUAUAGACGGAUUGCUACUUUUAUAUCUAAUAAAAAAGUAUUUAAUGCAUUUGAAACCUAGUCUGAGGGACUAAUACAUUCUGAAUAAACUAGUACAUUCGAUACCUUUCUUCCAAUAUUGUGUAAAGCAUGGUUUUCAGGAUGGAACACGUUGAGAACGAAAGCACACGCGCAGUUCAGGCACGUCAAACUAGGGUCUGAGCAGCUUCACCAGUUCUACACAGAAUCAAACCCAACCUCUUCUUUGAACCCCGUCCGACUGUUAAAGGCGGUCCCACGUUGAGGGUCACGCUCCCGGGGCCGCGAUACGGACUGCGCUCUGCGGGGGCUCUCGUUCUUCGGUCUAAGCUCGAGUGUCUCCAACAAGCGGCCUUACCGAUCCUCAGGAUGUGGCAGGACACAGGACACGCGUCGGAGCACAGCAGCCCUGGAGUGGGGGUGGCGGCUGACCUCUGACCUCUCCCUCUGAGGGGUACGCUGCUCAUCGAGGGUUUGGGAGUAACCGUUGUGUCCACAUGACUCGUUCCUUAAGACUACGACACAACUAGAGUGUGACGCCUGUUCUGAACCAGACGUUGAAACGCGCCCGUUCUGUCCGGCUUAGCGACACACGGAGGACAAACCCACGGUUUUGAACCAGUCCCUCGAUGCAGAGAGAUGUUCGACGGGGCUUUCCACUGUGUGGUCUCUGUGCGUGUGGUGGCUCAUCACUUCUCCACUGCUUCGCUGAAGGUCUCGGCGUCUGACUGGGGCAGGAGGGAGUGCCGUGCCUUGCCGCCACUUCCCCAAACUAACGUGAACACGGACGCCAUCGGUAGUCCACCAAAUACUGCUCGUCCUGUUUUGGGUUGUGUUGAGACAUUGUACGAUUGUUGAUUUGGGGCGGAGGGGGGGGGGGGGGGGGCGUCAGACUGUUAUAAACUAAUAUAAGCCAUAUUAACUUUCCUACUAAGGGUUUUAAUCAGUCAGAUCUGGGGGGCGGUUGAGGGUUUCAUUUUAAGAGCGCCAUGGAUCUGCCAGCAGGGCCUUCUUUCACCAGCUUGCGACAUGGCAGCAGGGGUCUCUGGUGGUUCGUCGAGGACACACUCCCUCCCCCAGCUCCGCUUGAAGACCUCGGAGCCCGGGGCUGAAAGACACCCGUCACUGUAGUCCAGCUGCUGCUGCUAUCCACCAUAGGGAACCAUGCAUUCAGGUCACGGCGAAUUGCCGUGAAAACACUUUAACUCUGGUCCAAUGUGUGUGUGUGUGCUGGUAACGCGUUGGUUAGGAGGGUUGCGUGUGUGUGCGUGUUCUGUGAACCUGGUGGGGAUUUCUGUUCCUUAUCGUACGUACUGUGGGCACGAAGGGACUGUGUGGCCAAGAGGUCACUGAGAUGAGACCAAGAUGUCGACAUGAGGUGACCACAAUGUCAACAUGAUGUCACCACGAUGUGACAUGGAUGACACCAUGAUGUUUCCACGAUGUGACAAGGGUGACGCCAUGAUGUCACCACGAUGUGACAAGGAUGACACCAUGAUGUCACCACGAUGUGACAAGGAUGACACCAUGAUGUUAUCACGAUGUCCCCAAGAUGAGACCAUGAUGUUCCCAUGUUGUGAAGACGCAAUGCUCACUCACCAUAGCUCAGAGCUUUUCCUCCUUGUGUUUUUAGCCCUAGAGGAGGUGGAUACGGGCUGAGGGGCUGGGCCCCUCACGGCCCGCUAUACUCAUUCCAGUCAUGGGGGGGUCCUUGGUCCGGGGUGGAAGGUUUCCCGGGGUCGGGCUCCCCACCUUUCAGUUAUUUAUUGAUGUCUGUGCAAAACAUUUUCAAUCUGCAAUCAUGGAUCUCUUGAGGUGGAUCAAUGUUUACUCGAGGGAGAGCGCUCUGCAAAAAUGUAAAAGCCAUGUUUGGGGAACCGUUUCUUUGUGGCACGGUACUGUCCGGCCCUGCUUGGCUCGAACCCCCGCUCCUCCGGGAACAGGGCUCGUUUGAAACAUCUAGGGACGGGUCGGACCUCAGUAGGGACGCUGGUUUUAAUAGUCGCUCAUACGGUUUUACUAUGUGUCUCCCUCACCAUCUACCAUAUAUUAAACACAGUAACGGAGAUUAACCUAAUUUAAAAGGAGGAGACCCAAGGUGGACUUGUGAGGAUGUACGGUGUAUAGACUGAGGGCACUGGAGAACCACAGAUCAUCACAAACUGACCCCACUCUGAGGUUCUUCAGAAGGACGAGGCUUUUAUUGUUCCUGGUUUUAAAUUUGUAGUCCCAGGUUAGGGGUGCUUAUGGACUACAUAUCCCAUGAAAUUAUCCUAAUCAGUGCUUUCUCAUUUUCCCUGAGGGGGACUGCCAUUGGCUGAGAGUGCCAUGGUGGAGGCUCGCUAUAGGUUGAGUUUUGGAUGCAUUGCCUGCAUGUCACCCCCUCUCCUAAGAGGACGACAGCGUUCUAACACCCUGUCUAGAGGGGAUGGACAGGUUGCUAAGGUUACUUAAACAAUGUCCACCUGAGAAGAUGGCCACGCCCCUAUCCGAUGCCCGAGCUCGCCCCCCCCCCCCCCCCUCUUUGAAACGGACCGCAGCACAAAGUAUCACGUUAACGGUUUGCUCGUGGAUGCCCUGCACGGCGCGGGAAUCACACUCGCAACCCAACGGCUGUCUAUUACAGAGAGGCAAGAGUAGGAGUUAUAUUGGAAUAGGGUUCUUUCUGCAUAUCUUUUAGGUGAAUUGCAAUUAACUGUCUAUAGUUUUCUGAUGUUUCAGGGGUGUUCAGUUUGCAAUAAAUGGUGUAUCCUGCUCUGUACAGUUACUUUUUUAAUUAAAAUGUACUUGUUUCUAUUUUUUUGUGUGACGGUUUCAAGAGAAAAAAAAGAACAAUUAUUUUAAAUGUAAAGGAAAUCUUAGUAUUUUUUUAGUUUUUUUUUUGUCUUAAAAUAUUGAUGAUGCAGGAUUCUUUAAAUAAAACUGUGGAAUACUAAAGAUGAGUUUGGUCGUUUCUCCUUCCUUAUUUUUCAUAAAUCCUUUUGCCUUUCCCUCGUCUCUCUAACUAAGCAAAGUGUUUUGAACCUGCGCCGGAACCCCGGCCUGUGGUUUUGGAGCGCUUUGUGGGAAGGAGGAAGUGGUUUCAUUCACAGCCGUGCAGAUGAGCCAUUUAACCAGCGGCCGGAAACAGCUCGGCAUGCAUGUGUUGCAGGCAUAUCGGUUAGUUUGGUGGGUGAACCUUCGAAGAGGCUUUGUUUCUGUGACGGUUGCCUCCCAACUCACCAAUGCGCCGCAAGGGGAAUGAGGUGUAUAUAAUGACGUCCACACCAACCUUUUGAUUAAUUAUAUCUGAUAUUUAUUUGGCUCUUUGAUUUUUGUAAGAGGAUCAUUUGAGACGUGUUGCAUACUUUUGGUAUUGUUUCCAACAUAAAUACAUUUUCUUUGGUUCAUUUAAAAUAAAGAUGUUUAUGAAAGAAAAACAAUGAAGAAAUUAAAAUAUGGUGGUUUGAGAAGACAGGACUGUACAAAAGCAUGGAUGCCACAGUAAGGGUUGAGUGAGGGUAGGAAUCUAGAGCUUGUAGCUGAGCCCAGAGCUGCUGAUGUGACAGAACAACGUCAUGGCGAUGCACAUUCCCAGUACCUGUCGGCAAAGAUAAGAAAUGUUUAACAUUUGACCUUCAUAAUCUGACAAAGAUUCAAACCUGUAGUGUUUUCAUUGAAAAACACAAGCGCACAUUUCUGACUGAGCUGUCUUCAUGGGUUAGUAAUUGCCACACUGAUCUUGGUGAAGUAUUUAUUUGAUAAUAGUCGACAGUGGAUCGUGUUCAUUCCUCAGUGGAAAGGGUUCAACCAACUCCUCAAUGUAGUCAGUGCAGCAUGGCUAUUCUCAGGAUAUGGGUGUCGGCUGUAGGAGGUCAGGGCGUCCUAAAAAGUGUGUGUGUGAAGGUCUUCUCACCUCUACGACGCAGAGGACAAUAACGGCGACCCCGGUUGUGAGGAAGUUAUUCUCAAACCAUGUCUUCAGUGCUCCCAGACAGCCCUUAAGUGAGAGAAAGACCAAAACGUCAUACAUAUAUAAUGUAUAUGCAGUGUUGAAAUGGCUGUAACCUGUUGGUCGGACCUUUACAUUUGUCCAUGUUUUAUGAGAGUUUGCUCUGACCACUAAUAAUGGUUUACAAAGUAGAGUUGUGUAAUGUCGGAAAAUAACCACAGCAUAUGAGGAAGAAGCCUGUCAACAAGCCUGUUUAUAAAUAACGAUGUAGCACAAGAUGACACUUAUUGGAAACAUGACUCAUAGCGUGUAUUGGGUACAAACUCUAUGCUGCCUCUACCUGCUUGUAGAAAGGUUCAGAUGGGUCUUUAGGUGAGGGCAGACAUUGAUUCAGACCAUUCUCGCAGCAGGAUUGAGGCACUGGCACGCCCCAGUCCGACGAAUUAUGGACUCCACAGCAGCUGAACUGAAACACAACAGCACACCACUGCAGUGUCUCCUUCUGAUAGGCUGACGUUUUAGGAAAGUGACAUCUCUGUUUUGACACUUCAAUGUACUGUUGACUAUCUUAAUGGUUUAUAGCAUGGCAUACAGCAUAGUCCCCAACAGGCCGAAUGGAUUUUGAAAUGGCUUGUAGCGUGAAAUAAGAAGCCUUUACCCUUGGGGGGUAGAAUGGUGGCUCUGUCUGCUUCAAACUCCUACAUAUGUUUUCGUUUCUCUCACCGUUUUCUGAACCAGAUUCCAGUCGCUUUCCAGAUCUGUCUUUGUCGAAUUCUUUCUUUUUUCAUUCUGUAAUCCCGUGUUCAGCUCUUUCUCCAGCAAAGUGCCGAUCUAAACCACACAGGACGGAGAGUUAUUGAGACCGUGAGCGUACCUGGGAUCAUCGCUAAGGUUACUGGGCUCUUUAACCUGAAGGCAGAUUAACAGGGAGGUAGACGAUAGUAGACUACUACUGGUAGUAGAAUAGUAGUAGUAAUUAUACUGAGACAGAAGGAGGGUUUCACCAAAUCGACUAGCCAGGUGUCAAAU